GAGGAUGACAGCAUCCAGACGCUUCCAUCUCUGCAUUCAACUGCUGCUCUCACAGCACAAGCCUUGCCCUCGCACACAGAGGCACAAUCCAGCAAAGUGCAAAACUGCGACCAGGAGUCUGUGCCUCAGGCGGGCCCCCCAGUUGCACGAGCCUUGCCCAUACUCACAGCCGCCCACUCCAGUGAGAUGCAAAGCUGCGACAGGGAGUUUGUGCCCAAUGCGGAUGCUGCAGUUGGUUCACUGCAAGUCUCGGUACAAAAAUCGAAAAUGGCAGGCUCCAUCCUAAUAAGAACUGUUGGUCAGCGCUGUGUGCUUAAACAAAGAGCGGUUCCCUCAUUCCUGGCAGCAGGCUCCUCCGUCCAGCCAUGUACACCGCAGGGGACGACUGCCUCCAAGGGUGAGACGUUUCCCUGA